CAACAGAUUUAUUUCAAGUUCCACCUGACCUCAACCCAAGACACCUGGCCUGGGCAGCCCAGGAGGACUUGGACCGGGGGUACCAGCCCCCGACAGAGUUCCCUUUGUGUUCACACCUCCCCAUCCCAGGGUCACCAGAGAGGAAGUCGCAGGAAGGACCCCGGUGGCAAUAGUACGAGAGGGUCAGACUACCAGAACAAAAUGCAUUAACCCCAGGACAGCUGAAAUGUGACCAAGAACAGCGGCGGAAGUGUCGGGUGAAAGACCCUGAAACUGCCCUUCCUCCCGAGGGGCCUGGACAUGGCCCACUCAGCGCAUUCGCCCAGACCGCGAUAGGGGCCCCUUCGGGUCCUCGCGGUGGCUCCACGGGGCUACAGCCGUCCAAUAAGUUGUCAGCUGCCCAGGGAGGACUUCAGUGGACAGCAAAACCGAGUCUCCCAGACCUGUAUGAACGCCGCCGUCCGCGCCGUGGUGCGCAUGGGAAUAUACGUGGGGGCCAAGGUGUACUUCAUAUGCGAGGGCUACCAAGGCAUGGUCGACGGAGGUACUAAUAUCGUGGAAGCCAACUGGGAAAGUGUCUCUAGCAUCCUCCAAGUGGGCGGGACGAUCAUCGGCAGCGCGCGCUGCAAUGACUUCCGCAGCCGAGAGGGCCGCCUGAAGGCCGCCUGCAACCUGGUGCGGCUGGGCAUCACCAACCUGUGCGUGAUCGGCGGGGACGGCAGCCUCACGGGCGCCAACAUCUUCCGGAAGGAGUGGAGCGGGCUGCUGGAGGAGCUGGCCAAGAACGGCCAGCUCGACCCGGCCGCGGUGCAGGGGCACAUGCACCUCAACGUGGUGGGCAUGGUGGGCUCCAUCGACAACGACUUCUGCGGCACCGACAUGACCAUCGGCACCGACUCCGCCCUGCACAGGAUCAUCGAGGUCGUGGACGCCAUCAUGACGACCGCCCAGAGCCACCAGAGGACCUUCGUUCUCGAGGUCAUGGGGAGGCACUGUGGGUACCUGGCCCUGGUGAGCGCGCUGGCCUGCGGCGCCGACUGGGUGUUCCUCCCGGAGUCCCCGCCCGAGGAGCGCUGGGAGGAGCACCUGUGCCUCAAACUCUCAGAGAACCGUGCCCGGAAGAAAAGGCUCAAUAUCAUCAUUGUGGCCGAAGGAGCCAUUGACAUGAAGAAUAAGCCCAUCACCUCUGAGGAGGUCAAGCAGCUUGUGGUCAGGCAGCUGGGCUACGACACACGCGUGACCAUCCUGGGACACGUGCAGAGAGGAGGGACGCCCUCGGCGUUCGACAGGAUCCUGGCCAGCCGCAUGGGGGUGGCGGCGGUCAUCGCCCUGCUGGAGGCCACCCCCGAGACACCGGCCUGCGUCGUGUCACUGAGCGGGAACCACACCGUGCGCCUGCCGCUGAUGGAGUGCGUGCAGAUGACCCAGGAUGUUCAGAAGGCGAUGGACGAGGGAAGGUUCAAAGACGCCGUGCGGCUCCGCGGGAGGAGCUUCGAGGGCAACCUGAACACCUACAAGCGUCUGGCCAUCAAGCUGCCGGACGACCAGAUCCCAAAGAGCAAUUGCAACGUGGCCGUCAUCAACGUGGGGGCGCCCGCGGCGGGGAUGAACGCGGCCGUGCGCGCGGCCGUGCGUGUGGGCAUCGCCGACGGCCACAGGAUGCUCGCGAUCUACGACGGCUUCGACGGCUUCGCCAAAGGCCAGAUCAAAGAAAUCGGCUGGACUGACGUUGGUGGCUGGACGGGCCAAGGCGGGUCCAUUCUUGGGACAAAACGGGUUCUACCCGGGAAGUACCUGGAGGCGAUCGCCACGCAGAUGCGCACCCACAACAUCCACGCCCUGCUGAUCAUCGGCGGCUUUGAGGCCUACCUGGGACUCCUAGAACUGUCCGCGGCCCGGGAGCAACACGAGGAGUUCUGUGUCCCCAUGGUCAUGGUUCCGGCCACCGUCUCCAACAACGUGCCCGGUUCCGAUUUCAGCAUCGGGGCAGACACGGCUCUGAACACGAUCACGGACACGUGCGACCGCAUCAAGCAGUCGGCCAGCGGGACCAAGCGCCGCGUGUUCAUCAUUGAGACCAUGGGCGGCUACUGCGGCUACCUGGCCAACAUGGGGGGGCUCGCGGCCGGGGCUGACGCCGCCUACAUCUUCGAGGAGCCUUUUGACAUCCGAGACCUGCAGUCCAACGUGGAGCACCUGACAGAGAAGAUGAAGACCACCAUCCAGAGGGGCCUUGUGCUCAGGAACGAGAGCUGCAGCGAGAACUACACGACCGACUUCAUCUACCAGCUGUACUCGGAGGAGGGCAGGGGCGUGUUCGACUGCAGGAAGAACGUGCUGGGCCACAUGCAGCAGGGUGGGGCACCUUCUCCGUUUGACAGAAACUUUGGAACCAAGAUCUCCGCCAGAGCCAUGGAGUGGAUCACCUCGAAACUGAAGGAGUUCAAAGGAAAAAGAUUUGUUACGGACGAUUCUGUCUGUGUGCUGGGAAUAAGCAAAAGAAACGUUCUCUUUCAACCCAUAGCAGAGCUGAAGAAGGAAACGGACUUCGAGCACAGGAUCCCCAAAGAGCAGUGGUGGCUGAAGCUGCGGCCGCUCAUGAAGAUCCUGGCCAAGUACAAGACGAGCUACGACGUGUCGGACGCGGGCCAGAUGGAGCACGUGUAUUACCGCAGCACACACGGGGAGCCCGCCGCCAUCUGACCACGCGUCCCGGGAGGAGGCCUGGAACUCACCGGGGACCGUCCUUUUUUGUAACAUUAAGUUAUUUAUUGGCACUUUAGUACCUAACCCGAGAGCACCCGUCACCCUGUGUCUU